GGUGCCGGGGCGAGCUGCAAUUGGACGAGGCGGGGCCGGGCCUGAGACCGCGCUGAGGGCGGCGAUGGACGGGUCGCUGUCGCUGUCCCUGGACGCGGCCGCGCUGGAGGUGAUGGAGGCGCUGGAGCUGCUGCAGCAGCGGCGGGAGCAGCUGGAGCAGCACCUGCGGCAGGGGUGGCUGUCCCUGGCUCAGGCCCGUUACUCCCUGGGUUGUCACCGCGUCUCGUCCCUGCAGUACGGGGCCACCAUGGUGCCCCGAGUCCGUGUGUGCCACAGGCAGGACCCGGAGGGAUGCCCCCACUUUGAGGAGGUGCCUGGAACAGGGGGAGACCCCGAGGACCGCGACCCCCAGCAGGAGGGGGGUGACGGUCUGCGGCAGCGUCGGGGAGCCCCCGAAAAAGGGGGGACCCCCAGCCGGCCCCCCCCGGACCCCCUGGGCUGGUUUGGGGUCCUGGUGCCCCCCAGUCUGCGGCAGGCCCAGGGCAGCUUCCAGAGGGGGGUGACGCUGGCCGUGGAGGUGGCCGAGCUCCAGGCCACCAUGGAAGCUGCGGCCGCCCGGUACCGGCAACUCCUGCGGCAGAAACGUCACCUGGCCGGGGUCAGCGGGGACAGCCAGAGCCCCACUGGAACCCCUGGGGACAGCAAGGACACCGAGCGUGACACAGUGACCUCAGCGACUGCGUGAACGAACACCGAGGACACGUCUGCAGGUGACACAGCUGCCACCAGUGACAUGGAGGACAGCAGCACCUGCCUGUGGGUGACACCUGUCCCCAAGGGUGACACAGGACUUUGCAGGUGACACCGAGCUCCGCACAGGACUGAGGGGGGGUCCCCCCAUGUCCCAGUCCCCAAUAAAGCCACCCUGCUGCCA